AUGUAUCGGGGCGUGCGGAGAAGGUCAGACAAGUAUAGAGCGCAGAUAAAAGGGUUGGAGGAGAAGGGUAAGCAGAGUCACCUUGGGACCUUCGACACGGCCGAGGAAGCCGCCAUGGCCUACGACUAUGCAGCCCGCUCCCUCCGUGGCUCCAAAGCCUACACCAACUUCGUCUAUCCUGACGGCAGGCAGAGUGGCUCCCUCACCAACAUCCCUGCCCCGAAAGCUCUCGCCGGAACACCCCCCCGCCCCAGCCGCGGUGGAUACAACUAUGGCGGCGGCGGCUACAAUGCCGGCCACCAGCAAGGCUACUACGGACAGGUGGAUUACGGGCAAAACUCGGGGUUUGGGCAGGUGGAGCACCCGCAAUGGGCUGAGCUGCCACCGCUGCCGCAGGACCUCACGAGCACCUCGGCGGUGGAAUACGGAGGCCAGUAUAUGCCGCCUCCGGGGCCGGGCAGUAGCUACUCCGGCGGCGGAGGGUAUGGGUAUGGGUAUGGAUGGUAG